UCUCGCUCGGCGCGGGCCGCGGCUCCCGGCGAAAGUUGUGCCGCGUCCGCCGGCGGCCGGCAGUGCUCUCUGGGACCCCGACCCGCGGGUUGGGUGACGCGUUUCGCCCGUGCUGUGGUGUUUGAAGGGGCGUGUCUUUGCUGGAGUGAGCGCUGGUCGAGACGAGUCCCGUCGUGGUCAUGGUGCUGAGUUGUGCGUUAUGCUCACAUCUCUCCGACGAGAGUGACAUUUCGCGUCUGUGACCGCCACCCCCGCCCCCUCCCCGCCCGGCGCUUUCCCUCGUGUGUCACCCCUGUGAGCGUCAGCCAUGCCGCGGAAACUGCUCAAGUUCCUGAUUCUUUUCGACAACCCGACGCUGCUCUAUUUCCCGGGACAGUUUGUCAGCGGUCGUGUGCUCGUCGAGCUCGAAGAUGAGACCGCCGUUCAAGGUGUCUUUUUCCACGUGGUUGGAGAAGGAACGGUCAAAGUUAGCGACCGGCAAAACCAGCGACACAUCGACAAAGAAAACUACAUCGACUUCAAGAUGAGGCUUUUAGGAGAGCCAGGUCAAGCUCCAGUGCUUCUCUCUGCCGGCAUCCACAGCUUCCCGUUCAAGCUGGGCCUGCCGCUGGGUCUGCCGUCUACCUUCCUCGGAAAGCACGGCUGGGUGCAGUUCUUCUGCAAGGCGGCCAUCAAAGAGAACGGCGGACUGGUGCACAAGAACCAGCAGGUGUUUAUCGUCAUGAACCCGAUCGACCUCAACGUCGAGCCGCCCGUCCUUGCGCAACCGUUUCACUGCGAGAUUGAACACAAGCUGGGCCUCACGUGCAUGACGUCGGGCCCCGUGCAGUGCCGCGUGCGGCUGGACCGCGGCGGCUACGUGCCAGGAGAGACCAUCGGCGUCUGGGCAACCAUCGACAACCAGAGCAGGGUUACCAUCAAAAAGACGGCCGCCUGUCUCAGUGAGACCAUCCACUACCUCUCACGGAGUAAGGUGGUAAACACGGAGCGACGAGAGCUGGUGCGGAUAACACGCGGCAAAAUCCGACCCGGCGAGGUGGACGACUGGAAGAACGAGCAGCUCUUCAUCCCGCCGCUACCGCCCACCAACCUGCGCGGCUGCCACCUCAUCAAGAUCCAGUAUGAUGUCUUUUUCAUCAUCAAACCAGACAACCUGGAGAAGGAGAUCAAGCUGCAGCUGCCCAUCAUGAUCGCCUCCUACCCGUACCGCAACCCCGACGGCACCCUCCGGAGGAAGAGGGGCGCAGAGUAUCCGGCCAGCCUGCCCGUCUUCAGGCCCUGGCUCGACAUGAAGCGGAAGGUGGUCACCUAGCUGAACAGGAUGGUAACCAAGCGGCAGAGGUUGUGGUGUUGUGUGAAGUGAGUCAAUGUUGCAAAGAGGAAUGCUGCCAGGGCAUAGGCUUAUGCUAUGGCAGUGGUCAUUGUGAAUAGAGGAAUAUCACGUGACCAGUGAGUGUGGUAAAUGACGAGCUCGCACAGGACAUCACGUGAUAUGCGGUGGAUGCCGUCAAAGGCCGUUGUUUGGAGAAUGACACGUGAUCUGCACGAUGGAAAUCGUGAGACAACGAAGGGCAAUCACGUGAGCAGGACGGCUGUGCCAUCAGGCCAUCAGCCAGUGCGCAGGAAAAUGGAAAAUGAUGCGAAUUUUGUGAAACGGCAAGUCAUCUGAGCCGUGAGAUUGGGGUACACUCGCCUGGGACUUGACGUUACCAACCACAUAUAAGAGGAAAACUAUUGUUUUGGAUUGCUAGCGUCAUCGAUAUGAGCCAGUCGAAGAAAAGUGUUAGGAUGAGAGGUCCGCUGCGAUCAGGCGGCCAGCGAGUGUGGGGCGGACGAUUUACGGCGACAGACUCUUCCCGAAUACUGAGAAUGAACGUCACAUAGUGAGCUGGAACGGUCACAAACAGACCUUCCCCGUGCCGACACUGAGCGACAGACUGCAGUGCAAUGCUAUCGGGCGUUGUAUCCCAGCAGUUGUAGUGCGAAAGCAUGAGUAAAUGUGUGCUCACUGCUCGCUACUGCCUGGUUUGGUCCGUAAACGUCAAUGCCCGUUGGCGUUGGAAGUGCAAGAUACGGGGAUUUAGCGUUUGCCAGUUCCGUGAUAUCCUCUGGCAGUUGUGCGUCGGUUUGACAUAAGUUACACCGAAAUGUGGUAUCCUUAGGUCAUGUAUGUAAAAGUGAGCUGUUUUUUAUUAACUUAAAUGCCUUUAUCGGGUGUGAGUUACGCAUUUAUGCCAUGUUAGCUUGCGGUGUCUGUUGUUAUAUCGACAGUGUGUACUCGAAUGUUCGUAGUAAGGUCAACAACUAACGUUUGAUAUUUAUGAUCCGUGGCGCGCGAGCUCAAAUGCGUUACGCCCUAUUGUAUAUUCAACACCUGUGUGUAAGCAUGAUCAUUAACAGAAACACGAGAGUCUAAUCCAUAACAAAAAUAUUUAUACACAUACGAAAUCUAGCGUGGGGACCGGUGAGGAUGAGAAUAUAGAGAUAAAGCGAG